AUGGCUUUUGGUUUUAUCCGGUUUGAUUUAUUUACUGUUGAGGUUCUAAGCCAACUCCGACACCCACACGUGGUUCUUCUCCUCGGAGCUUGUCCGGAGAAUGGUUGUUUGGUUUACGAGUAUUUGGAGAAUGGAAGCCUCGAGGACUACAUAUUUCACCAGAAAAACAAACCGCCUUUGCCUUGGUUUAUCCGGUUUAGAGUAAUUUUCGAGGUAGCUUGCGGUUUAGCCUUCUUACACAGCUCUAAACCGGAACCAAUCGUUCACCGCGACCUAAAGCCAGGAAACAUUUUGUUAAACCGGAACUACGUGAGCAAAGUCGCGGACGUCGGACUAGCCAAGCUGGUUACUGAUGUUGCACCGGAUAACGUCACGAUGUACCGGCACUCACUUCUUGCCGGCACAUUGCACUACAUUGACCCGGAAUACCAUCGAACCGGAACGAUUAGACCCAAAUCGGAUCUUUACGCGUUUGGAAUAACCAUUCUUCAACUGUUGACGGCUCGUCAGCCGAGCGGGCUGGUACACGCGGUCGAAAACGCGGUAAAGAAAGGAACGCUAACCGAAAUGCUAGACAAAUCGGUUACUGAUUGGCCUUUGGCGGAAACCGAGGAAUUGGCACGGCUCGGUUUAAAAUGUGCGAUGUUUCGAUGCCGAGAUAGACCGGAUCUUAAAACAGAGCUUAUACCGGUUUUGAAACGGCUUGUGGAGACUGCAAAUUCGAAGAUAAAGAAAGAACAAAGCAAUUUGCGUGCACCAAGUCAUUAUUUCUGUCCCAUUUUACGAGAGAUAAUGGAGGAGCCAGAGAUUGCAGCCGAUGGAUUCACGUAUGAGAGGAAAGCGAUUUCAGCGUGGCUUGAGAAACACAACAUUUCACCAGUGACUCGGCAAAAGCUCGACCACUUCAAGCUCACACCGAACCAUACGCUCCGGUCUGCGAUUCGCGAUUGGAAAUCAAGAGUCCCGUAUUCUAAUAUAACA